AUGAAGAUCGAGGAGGUAAAAAGCACAACGAAAACUCAGCGGAUCGCCACUCACAGUCACGUCAAAGGACUCGGGCUAGACGAGGCCGGGAAUGCUAAACAGUCAGCAUGCGGUCUGGUGGGCCAGGAGGCUGCCAGGGAGGCUUGUGGGAUCAUUGUCGAGCUGAUCCGCUCAAAGAAGAUGGCAGGAAGGGCAGUAUUACUGGCAGGGCCACCUGGCACAGGGAAGACUGCCCUCGCCUUGGCUGUAGCACAGGAGUUGGGAAACAAGGUACCUUUUUGCCCCAUGGUUGGCAGUGAGGUCUACUCAUCUGAGAUUAAAAAAACAGAAGUACUGAUGGAGAAUUUCAGAAGGGCCAUUGGACUGCGUAUCAAAGAAACAAAGGAGGUGUAUGAAGGGGAGGUGACAGAGCUGACCCCCUGUGAGACUGAGAAUCCCAUGGGUGGCUACGGGAAAACCAUCAGCCACGUCAUCAUCGGUCUGAAGACGGGAAAAGGCACGAAGCAGCUCAAGCUGGACCCCAGUAUUUAUGAGAGUCUUCAGAAAGAGCGUGUGGAAGUGGGAGAUGUCAUCUACAUUGAAGCCAACAGUGGAGCUGUCAAGAGACAAGGUCGCUGUGACACUUUUGCUACAGAGUUUGACCUGGAGGCUGAGGAGUAUGUGCCGCUGCCCAAGGGGGAUGUCCACAAAAAGAAGGAGAUAGUUCAAGAUGUCACACUGCACGACCUGGACAUUGCAAAUGCCAGACCCCAGGGAGGCCAGGACAUUCUCUCCAUGAUGGGACAACUGAUGAAACCCAAAAAGACAGAAAUCACAGAUAAGCUGCGUGCUGAGAUCAACAAGGUGGUGAACCGCUACAUUGACCAAGGCGUAGCCGAGCUCGUUCCUGGUGUGCUGUUUGUGGACGAGGUGCACAUGCUGGACAUCGAAUGCUUCACAUACCUGCAUCGGGCACUCGAGAGCACCAUCGCCCCCAUCGUUGUGUUCGCCUCCAACAGGGGAAACUGUUUAAUUAGGGGGACAGAGGACAUCAGCUCCCCACAUGGGAUUCCCCUGGACUUGCUGGACAGAGUCAUGAUAAUCCGCACCAUGUUGUACACGCCACAGGAGAUGAAGCAGAUCAUCAAAAUCCGCGCGCAGACUGAGGGGAUCACUGUCAGCGAGGAAGCUCUUUCACACCUGGCAGAGAUCGGCACCAAGACCACCCUCAGGUACGCCGUACAGCUGCUGACACCAGCCAGCUUGCUGGGCCGUGUUCAGGGGAAAGAGUCCGUGGAGAGGGAGCAGGUAGAGGAGAUCAACGAGCUGUUCUACGACGCCAAGUCCUCCGCCAAAAUCCUCCAAGACCAGCAUCACAAGUUCAUGAAAUAAAACUGGAUUCACAACUCCCA